CGCGUCCCACCCACGUCCGCACUUCGCAGAGGCCACGAUGGGCGAUGGCCACUGACUUCUGGGUCAGCUCGCACUGUACGAGAUGGAACGUGGACAGGGCCACGCUCAGGCAGGCGCGUGCGGAGGACAUCCAGUACGUCGACCAUCCUGAGCACCUCGACUUUCUCGCCAUAUUCUUCGCCAGCCUCAUUACAAAGCUAGGCAAGAAACUCUCCCUCAGACAGCGCGUAGUCGCGACCGCGACCGUCUUCUUCCGGCGAUUCUACCUCAAGAACGCGUACUGCGACACCGACCCGUUCAUCGUCAUCGCCGCGUGCUGCUACGUCGCCGCGAAGGCAGAGGAGUCCCCCGUGCACAUCAAGAACGUCGUCUCCGAGGCGCGCAGCCUCUUCAGCAGGUAUGGCAUCAAGACGUUCCCCUCGGAUAACUCGAAGCUCGCGGAGAUGGAGUUCUACCUAGUGGACGACCUGGAAUGCGACCUCACGGUGUUCCACCCGUACCGUACCCUCAUGACGCUAUGCUGGAAGGAGGGUGGCAGCGGCAUCAGCGACACCGAGGUGGGAGAGCUCGGCGCCGGCAUCGAUGACGGCCCGCGGUACUGGGGUACAGGCGAGGGCAGGCUCGAGAUGCACGAGGGUGCCUUGCAGAAGGCAUGGUUCAUCAUCAACGACACCUACCGCUCCGAGCUGUGCCUCCUCUACCCCCCGCACCUCAUCGCCAUCACCGCGAUAUACAUGGCGUGCGCGUUCCACCAAGAAACGCGGAGCGACAUCGAGAAGCAGACGCAGGCCCUGCCCCAUUCCUCCUCCGGCUCGCAAAGCAGCCAGGGCUCGAUGCGGCGCUCGUCCCGCAUGACGUCGAGCAGCCUCAAGAGGCAGCCGCCGCAGGACAUCGUCGGGUUCCUCGCGGGGCUGAACGUGAACAUGGCGCUCGUCGCGACGAUCGCGCAGGAGGUGGUCUCGCUGUACGCGCUCUGUGAGCGCUACAACGAGGAGGGGACAACGGACUCGACGCGCGCGAGCCUGAAGCGCAGCGCGAGUGGGACGGUCGUGGGCGGGACGCCGGCGAUGAGCAGCAGCCCGAUUGGCACGCCCAUGACCGGAGAUGGGAGGGACCAUGGGCAUGGCGACCAGCGGCCGGAGGUCGUCACGCCUGGAUUCCUCGUCCAAGUGUUUUGGAGGAUGAGGGAAACGAGGAUGGCAGAUUUGAGCGGUGCGCAUGCAGCCCCGGGCAGACCAGUGCCGGUCAACAAAAUGCUGGAACGUGCACAGGCGGCAGGAUAGACUCUUGAGUGUCACACUAUUUACAUUAUGGAAUUAGACUGUUGUAUGGUCACCUGUAGCAUUGGAGGUCACCGGUGUUGGAUGAUAUCUAGGGGUGCAUCUUUGCACUGACACAUCAGGCAACUUCGUUGCAAGUUGGUAGCAUGUCCACAUACAUAGAUCUCAUCGUCAGCAUCAUUCAAGUAACAGGAUACAACCUCAUGGUCGAGAGACAAGAUGUAUGUAAAUCCCACAAUGCACACAUCAGCUACAGGCAGGACUUAUAAAUAUACACUAUUAAU